AGCGCUCAGCGCCAGCGGUAACGUGAGCAAGUCGAGACGCAUGUGUGCCUGCCAUGGCGCGCUUAGACUGGGCGGUUGUUCUUGGCUCAGCAAGAAUAUCUUCCAGGGGAAAUAUCACGCUCUGCUGCUGCGAGUGCGAGGUCGAGACGGAGCGGAGGACGGAGAGUUUCCAUGUAAGGCAGGCGUCGGUGAUGCGCCGUACGGUCGCCGGGGACGUUGCGUCCGGAGAAGAGUGCGGGGUCAGCCAAUGGGGAUGUUCCGGGCGAGGCGGUUGCCGGUGCACCCGGAUGAUCGGACUCUUCCCCAGACUACCCCGCAUAUAACCCCUGCCUCCCGCCCCUGCCUCCCCCGAACUCCUUCUAUCUCCACCCACCACCACCUAAAAUAUUGCCUCGUCCGCCAUGUUCAGCCGUGGGUCCUUCGUCGCCAGGUCUAUCUCCAAGCGCGUCGCCAGCCAACAGCGAUUCGCGUCCACAAAAACAAUAAAGGAGGCGCUCGAGGAGGUCAUUCCUCCAAAGCAGGAACGCCUCAAGCAGCUUAAAGCGCAACAUGGGGCUACGGUAAUUGGCGAUGUCAAGGUCGAGCAAGUCAUUGGCGGCAUGCGAGGCGUCAAGGCCAUGCUCUGGGAAGCAUCCGUCCUUGAUCCUAUGGAGGGUAUUCGUUUCCACGGCAAGUCCAUUCCCGAUUGCCAAAAGGUGCUCCCGGCCGCACCUGGUGGCAAGGAGAUAAUCGCAGAGAGCAUGCUCUGGCUUCUGCUCACCGGCAAGGUCCCCACCGAGGCAGAAACGCGCCAGCUCUCGCGCGAGCUCGCGGAAAAAGGCGAGCUGCCUGACUACAUCGUCAAGCUCAUCGAUUCAUUGCCGCAGGACUUGCACCCCAUGACGCAGCUCGGCAUGGGUGUGGCCGCGCUGAAUAAGGAGAGCGCAUUUGCCGCAGCGUAUGAGCGCGGCAUCAAGAAGACAGAGUACUGGCACUAUGCGCUCGAGGACAGCAUAAACCUCCUCGCGCGCCUGCCCGCCCUGGCUGCGCGCAUAUACCGUAAUGUGUACAACCCCGGAAAGCCCCUUCCUGGGAUCAACAAAGACCUUGACCUUGUCGGUAACUACGUGAACAUGCUCGGGUAUGGGGACAACUACGACCUCACGGAAUAUCUCCGUCUGUAUAUUGCCCUGCACGGUGACCACGAGGGUGGAAAUGCGUCCGCUCACACUUCUCACCUCGUCGGCUCGACGCUCUCGGACCCGUACCUCGCAUACUCCGCCGCGCUCUAUGCGCUCGCAGGCCCUCUCCAUGGUCUUGCCAACCAGGAGGUGCUCCGCUGGCAAUUGAACAUGCAGAAGGAGAUCGGUGACAACGUCACGCACGAGGACAUCAAGGCAUUCCUCUGGCGCACGCUCAAAAGCGGACAGGUCGUGCCCGGCUACGGCCACGGCGUGCUACGCAACCCUGAUCCGCGCUUCAUCGCGCUCCAACAGUUCUGCGAGACACGCCCCAAGCUGCUCAACGACCCUGUCAUCCAGCUCGUGAGGAAGACGUAUGACGUUGCUCCGGCGGUGCUGAAGGAGCACGGCAAGACGAAGAACCCCUACCCGAACGUCGAUGCGGCGUCUGGCUGCGUGCUAUACCACUACGGGCUAACGCAGUUCAAGUAUUACACCGUCAUCUUCGGUGUCUCCCGAGCACUCGGUUGUCUCACACAGCUCGUUUGGUCCCGCGCCCUCGGUCUCCCGAUCGAGCGCCCCAAGUCGCUCUCUAUGGAUGCGAUCGAGGCGAUCAUCAAGAGCUCAUAAGCGGCAAUCUACAAUUUGUCUGUUUUAUGUAUUGCGAGGUCUACCGCGAGCGGCGCGUGCGUCGAGCAUGCACUGCUCGCAACAUGGGUAAGCGUAAAAGGUGUGAACACUCGGAACCAUAUGUAUGUGUGUAUGUAUUACAGCCGCGUUAUUGUGUGCCUUCUCUGCGCCGUGGCAAUGUUUGUGAUUCGGAUGCAGAUGCCGGGAGAAAGUUCUCUGCAGAUAGAGAGGGAAAGGUAAAGUGAGCAUGGAGGUGAUAAUG